ACCAAAAAAGUACAGAAGAAUGAGCAAGCAAAAUUUCUAUCAUGUGCUGCAAAUCCUGGUACCCCUCCUUUUAUUCAUACAAAGUUCGAAUUCUGAUCCUGAUCAAAUUCACUUCAGGGGUGGCAGAUGUACACCAUUUGACAAUUUUACACCCAAUAGCACAUACCAAACAAAUGUACUUUCUCUCCUCUCCGAACUUAACUUGGAGUCAUCCAAUUCUAAGUUCUUCAACUUAUCCACCGGCGCUGGCAGCAACCGCGUCAACGGCCUCUACCACUGUCGCCCCGACCUCUCACUUGAAACAUGUAACGCUUGCAUCAUUGCCGCGACACAGAUGUUCUUUGACAAGUGCGCAAUUAAGAAGGAAGCCAUCAUGUGGUACGAGGAGUGCACCAUCCGCUACUCAAACCGUUCGAUUUUCUCGGUUAAGGAGAUUGAGCCGUCCGCUUGGGCAUCAAGCAUCUUCAAUGUCUCUCAACCAGACACUUUCUUGAGCUUGCUAAAUUCUACCAUGGAAGGACUCAUAGCUAAGGCUACUCUUCCCAGCAACACAGAGCGAUUUGCGACAUCAAAAGAUAAUUUCACUUUGUUCGAAGGGCUCUUUGGGCUAGCACUAUGUACUCCAGAUAUAACAAGUUUCGAAUGUGAGGAAUGUUUGAGAACUGCAUUGAUGAUAUUCCCGACUUGUUGCGGAGACUUGGUCCAAUAUGUAACGGUAUUCCUUCCAAGCUGUCAUAUAAGGUAUGAUACCGCACCAUUUAUAAUUGAAACCCCUGCUCCAGCACCAUCUCCGGCUUUGCAUCCUACAUCCGCGCCGUUCAAUGCACCUCCUUUAUCUGGUUGAUCAAUAGCAACACUAUGUGCAAAUUAUAACAAUCUCCAGUAGGUUUCAAUCUUCUGGGGGAGCUUGUAAGGCUAUGUAUGAGUUUCUGUUUGUCACAAAUCAUUGAUCAGUAUUUCUUUUAACCA